CAGACGUGCCGUACGCCGACCCACAAUUCCCGCUGCGUGCUGCUGUCCCGCCGCCGCCUCUGCCGCCGCCGGUUACGGCUCCCGCCGCUGGGGACAUGUUGCAGAAACCGAGGAACCGGGGCCGCCCUAACACCCAGGCCGAGAGGGAGAGGGACUGGGCCCGCGGCGCCGCGGAGGAGGCCCCGAGCACCUCCCGCGGAGCGGGAGGCUCCCAGGAGGCCCGGGGCACGUCGUCGCAGGGCGGCCGCCGGGCCGAGGCCUCCCCCGAGGUGGGGCCCAGGUCCCAGCAGCAGCUGGAGCUGAAGGUGGCCGAGCUAGUGCAGUUCUUGCUGAUUAAGGACCAGAAGAAGAUCCCGAUCAAGCGCACUGACAUAGUGAAGCACGUUAUCGGGGACUACAAGGACAUCUUCCCAGAUCUCCUUAAACUGGCUGCCGAGCGCCUCGAGUAUGUCUUCGGAUACAAGCUGGUGGAACUGGAACCCAAAAGCAAUACGUACAUCCUGAUCAACACUCUGGAACCGGUGGAGGAGGAUGCUGAGGUGAGAGGCGAUCAGGGCACGCCCACCACCGGCCUCCUGAUGAUUGUUUUAGGUCUCAUCUUUAUGAAGGGCAAUACCAUCAAGGAAACGGAGGUCUGGGACUUCCUGCGUCGCUUGGGGGUGUACCCCACAAAGAAGCAUUUAGUUUUUGGGGACCCAAAGAAACUUAUUACCGAAGAAUUUGUGCGACAGCGUUACCUGGAGUACCGGCGGAUACCCCACACUGAUCCUGUAGACUAUGAAUUCCAGUGGGGUCCCCGAACCAACCUGGAAACCAGCAAGAUGAAAGUUCUUAAGUUUGUGGCCAAAGUCCAUAAUCAAGAUCCCAAGGACUGGCCAGCACAGUACUGUGAGGCUUUGGCAGAUGAGGAGGCCAGGGCCAGACCUGAGACAGGUGGCCCCACUCCCUCCUCUUGAAGUCUGAGAGAGAUUUGAGCUCCAGAGGAGGUGUCAAAGGCACUGGGUGAUGGGGUAGGGGGGUGGGAGGGAGCAUAUUUCUGUAACACUCAAAUGUGUGUGGCUUUAGGAUGUGUUUGCAAACUCUGUUCUCUUUUAAUAUUGUAAGUUAUUUGGUUCCAGCUUUUCACUUAUAAAAAUAUUAGGAGAGGAUUUUUUGUUUUAACUUGUGUUAUUGUCUGUGUAUUUUGGCAUAAAAAUUUUGCUAGCUUUAUGCAAGUAAUUGGAAAACAUUGCACCAUGAUCUGGAACAGGUGUUUAAAAAAGAACACAUUGGUCAAUUGCUUUGGCGCCAAGAAAGUAAAAGCAAAGUGACUACUAUCUGGUGUCUUAACUACCCAGUUUGUAAGUUAAAAUAAAAGCCUUUAUAAAUUAAAAAUAAAAGUGUAAUUGCUUAUACUUUUUUUUUACCUUAAGACAGCUACUAUAUAUUUAUAUAUUUUCUAUGUAUAUAAGCAUUACGCAUCAUCUAAGCAAUGUGCAUAUUGUAUUUUCUCCGAAUAACAAUUUUUUAUAUUCAUAAUUCUUACCUCUGUGGCCAACCAUUUAGUUCCAUUUAGGUUUUUUUUCCUGCUAUAGUUGUAAUAAAUACAGUAUCUUUGAAGCAGUUAA